AUGGCUGCUAAUACAACCAGAGCUACUUCUCUUUAUCUUCCACCAUCAAUUUACAGUAGUCAAAGUGACUUUGGCUUUUACGGUGGUUCAUCAGAAAAGCCACCAGUAAAUCCUCAAGCCGUACGAUCACUAUCACCUGAUGAUGUACAAAAAUUGAAAUAUAAAAUUGAACUUGACAAACAAGUAACUGCAAAACAAGAACGAAUCGCGCGUGAAUGGGAAAAGAAAAUUGAACGGGACAAAAAAUAUGUUCAACAUCAACCAUUUGGACGGCACGAUCGAACGACUAUUCUUAAAAAGGAAGAAUUAGAAGAAAUUUUAACAAAAGGCCGCGCUCCAUCACCAUCAUUAGAAAUGCCACAGCAAUAUGCUCUUCAUCAUCCGCCGCCACCACCACCACCACCACAGUCACAACCAGUGCAACAACAACAACAACAACAACAACAACAACCGUAUAUGACAGAACCGUAUAUACCGAAUGAUACUAACCCGCCGAAUCCAUACGUUUCACCGCGUCAAUCAACGUAUAAUAAUUAUCCUCCGUUUCCAACGUAUUCAGCUACACUACCUCAGACACAAAUACAGCCACCAAAUAAUUCUUCAACUAAUAAUAAUAAUACCAACAAUAAUCCAAAGACAGAUCCCGAUUUUCACCGUUUCUUCGGGCCGUCUAUUAAUUCUAAUCCAACUAAUGCAAGUAUUUCACAAGGAAGUGCUGCCACUGCUCAACCAAUCAAGGGAGAUGCACACGAUCCUUUUCUUCUAUUUGAUCCUAAUAAAGAAGCUCAAAAUGUAUUUAAUGCGAUACCUCAACAAGAUCUUUAUGAUCCCUGGGGACGUCCAGGUGCUGGGGCACCAUUAAUUCAUUCAAACACGGGACAAAAAUUCACUAGAUAUUCUGGUAGUUUACAAGAAAAAUUGAACCAUGUUGGCCCAUUAGGCUUCUAUGGAAAACAAUAUUCAGAAAAUAUUGACGAGCAAAAGCGUGAACUUGAAUUAGAGCAAAGGCGUCGACAACAAGAAGAAAUGGAGCAUCGAUCUAAUGCAGGUGAUACGGCCGAAUGGAUUUCUCAACUUGAAAGAAGUCGCUAUCCAUUGAAAAUGCACUUACCGACAACCGAACCAACCCGAGAGUUUGCUCAUGCACGUACACGUUAUCGAUCAGACGAAAGUCGUCUGUUACAUGAUGAUCUCGUGCGACAAGCUGAAGAACGUGCACGAAUACAAAAAUUGAAUCGAUAUCAUAAUAGUAUAGCCGAAUUACAUCAUUCUGAGGCAAUGAAUAAUUGGUGGGGUAGAAGUGGUGGCGGUGCACCUUCAAUUACAAAUCGCCGACAUAAUGUUCAUCAAUCAUUUGAGCACCCACGACAAAAAUGGACAACGAAUCAUCUUGGUCAAUUAGUUGCUGCUGAAGAUGAACCGGCAAGUCAAGUAAAAGUUCAAACAACAGAUUUUUAUUAUCCUAAAACUAAACAAUUAUCAAACCAUCGAAAUUAUUAUCAGGCUGCAGAUGAUGAAGCAUAA